AUGGAAGCUGUCUUGAUUCGCAUGCUGCUGGGAACAGCGUUCGUGGGCUUGCAGUUGUCCCCAUACGCAUUAGUAGUGGCAUAUGACAAGUCCCUUUAUAAAAGAGUUUUGAGAAGAGAACCCGGUAUUUGCGGGGCAUGGUAUAGAAACCCAAAACAAACGGAACAAAUUAUGAAUUGCGUGCUGGGAAAGGUACCACCUCCUGUAAAAGAACAAUGGGAAAAAUAUAUGGAUGAUAAUUGCCUGACGAAAACCGAACUCGUUAGCGAAAUGUGCAACCUGACGACAAUAAUGCCUGGUAGCUUCACUAACUAUGAGACACGAGAGUUGACGAAAGAAUACAACGACCAAGCCCAACAAGCUGGUAUAGAAUGCACAGCAAGCAUAACAGCCUGGACCACAGGACCCCCACGCAUGACUGCACCUUCUCGGGGGUAAGGUCCAUGCUAUUCCUCGAUCAUAUGAACAACGAA